AUGCGAGAUUUGACACCAGCUGAUAGAGCAGCUAGGACAUGCUGCAAGGGAAGAUCUGAGUUGAGUCCGAGGAGUGAUUCUAUUCCUUUGUGUGCAUUACAACAAAGAUCAGUUAUCAGCCCUUGUCAUAGUGGUUGGCCAUCCUUGGCUGAACCUUCUGGAUGCCGAAUCUGUGAUUCAGUUCUUGACUUAGAUGAUUUCUCUGGUUUGAAAAAAAAGAAAAAGAAAAAAAAGCCAUUCAAUUUGGAGGAGAUAGAAUCAAAUUUACCUGAAUUUGAAACAAAGGAUGAGUCUAAUAUAUUAAUCACAGAUGAAAAAGGGAUGGACGAAGCUGGUUUAGAUGAUGACUUGGAUUUUAGUCUUCCAAAAAAGAAGAAAAAAAAGAAGAAAAUCAAUAUUGAUGAACUUGAAUCAGAAUUUGCUGUUGCUGAUGAUGAGGAUGAUGAUGACACAAAGUUUGAAGAUGAUGCGGAGCCUAAGAUUUCAACAUUUAUUUCUUCUAGCUCUUGGAUUGGGACUGACAGAGAUUAUACUUACGACGAGCUUUUAGUGAGGGUCUUUAACAUUAUGAGAGAAAAGAAUCCUGAUAUGGUUGCAGGAGAAAAGCGUAGAUUUAUAAUGCGGCCACCACAGGUUCUGAGAGUUGGUACAAAAAAGACUUCAUUUGCAAAUUUUUUGGAAAUUUGUAAAAUGGUUCACAGACAACCAAGACAUUUGCAAGCCUUUCUUUUAGCAGAAUUGGGUACAAGUGGUUCUGUGGAUGCUAAUAAUCAGCUAAUAAUCAAAGGCCGAUUUCAACAAAAGCAAAUUGAAAAUGUCUUAAGACGUUAUAUUAAGGAAUAUGUCACGUGUCAUACUUGUCGUUCUCCAGAUACAAUUCUACAGAAAGAUACAAGGCUGUUCUUCUUACAGUGUGAAACGUGUGGUUCGCGUUGUUCUGUCGCUAGUAUAAAAUCUGGUUUCCAGGCUGUGACUAGUAAACGUGCGGCUAUUCGAGCUAAAACAGCUUAAUCUGAAAAUAACUUUUGUACGUUUAUUUUAUAAAAUAAAAUAUGCAAUAAUUGUGAUUUUGAUAUAAGGUUAUACCUUUUACAAAUGAAAAAGGUGCUUUUGCUCCUCUUGUAGAGUUUUGACCAUCAACGAGAAAAUAAGGUGCCGGAAUGAAAUACAUUUUGACGUUAAAUAAAUUAUGUUCUGAAAUAUA